AUGAUAGUCUUCAUCUUCCUUGCUUUGGGGCUGUGCUUGGAAAAAGAAUCCACUUCCCAAACCAUUGAUUGCACAUAUUUAAGAGAGCAAUGCCUAAGUGAUGCAAAUGGAUGUAAACAUGCGUGGAGAAUAAUGGAAGAUGCCUGCAAUGUUUCAGGUAACCCCUGCAAGAUGAAGGAUUCAUCAAGUUGCAACCUGAGGAUCCAGUCCUUUGUGGAGAGCAAUUUCCAAUUUAAAGAUUGUCUCUGCAUUGAUGACCUCUAUUGUACUGUUAACAAAUUACUUGGAAAAAAAUGCAGCAAUGAAUCAGAUACCAUGAAAGAAGAUAACAAAUCCAAGUGGAAUCUAACUACUCUUCCAUAUCAUGGAAUCAAAGAGAUCCGAUCCUGUUUGGAAGCGGCAGAGGCGUGUGUAGGGGAUGUGGUCUGUAAUGCACAGUUGGCCCCUUACCUCAAGGCUUGCUCAGCAAAUGGAAAUCUGUGUGAUGUGAAACACUGCCAAGCAGCCAUACGGUUCUUCUAUCAAAAUAUGCCUUUUAACAUUGCCCAGAUGUUGGCUUUUUGUGACUGUGCUCAAUCUGAUAUACCUUGUCAGCAGUCCAAAGAAGCUCUUCACAGCAAGCCAUGUGCACUGAACAUAGUUCCACCCCCUACUUGCGUCAAUGUAAUUCACAGCUGCCGAAAUGAUGAAUUAUGCAGGAGGCGCUACAGAACAUUCCAGUCAAAAUGCUGGCAGCGUGUGACUAGAAAGUGCUACGAAGAUGAGACCUGCAUUAGUACUGUAAGCAAGCAGGACCUCACCUGCUCGGGAAGUGAUGACUGCAAAGAAGCUUACAUCGGUACCCUUGGGACGGUCCUUCAAGUGCAGUGCACCUGUAGGGCCAUUACACAAAGUGAAGAAUCUUUGUGCAAGGUUUUCCAGCAUAUGCUUCAUAGAAGAUCAUGUUUCAAUUAUCCGCUCCUGUCUAAUGUCAAAGGCAUUGCACUGCAUAAAAGAAAACACGAAAAGGGAAUCACUCUAAGUGGAUUUCAUUCCCCCUUCAAUGGAGAAGUAAUCUAUGCUGUCAUGUGCAUGACAGUCUCCUGUGGAAUCCUUCUCUUGGCUAUGUUCAAGCUGAGAACCUUCAGAAUAUCAAGUCAAACAAGAGAUCCUUCACCAAUGCAAAUACCUGGAGGACUCAGGAUUCACCAAGAGUCACGGACCAUUAACUUUCUUUAA